AUGACUACUACUAUUAAAACUCUUCAUGUAUCAAAUGUCCCAUCUCGACCUCAGAAUAAGUCAAAUUUUAUAAAACUCAUACUGAAAAACAUAAACCCAUCCAAUAAAUAUGUCAGUGAGAAUGUUACUUUGCCAGAAAAUAAAUUAAACUCCAAAAUAGCCUUAUUAGAUGAGACUAAUGGUAUUAUAUCUAUUUCAAAAUCUAAAAAGCUACCUAAUCAAUGUUUUAUCACUUUUACAAGUAAUGAUCUAGCGAAUCAAUUUAUGACACGAUUUCAAAACUCGAAGAUAAACGGGAAUGUUAUAAGCAUAACUUUUGCUAAGCACGAUUCUUUAAUAGGGAUAUCUGCAGAGGAUAAACGAUUAUUAGGUAAAAUACUGAAAAAAAGACAAUCUAAAAAGUUACGUCUUGCUGACGAAGAUGUAGCCAGAGCUUAUUAUUUAAAGAGGAUAAAGAGAAGAACUAGUUAUAAAUUGAGAAAGAAGGGAUUAUCAGAGGAAGAAAUCGCCAAAAUUGUAACUGAGACAUUACAAUCUCUUCAAGAUCAACAACUAAGUAAGGCAAUGAGUUCUGGUCCUCUCAAGAAAACUAAAAAGAAAGAUGAAACCAAGGUAAAACCUGUGAAUAUCAGUGAAAAUCCUCCAAAUAAAGUCUUACUUGUACAAAAUUUACCUGCUAAUGUAAAACAAGAAGAUGUAAUAAAUCUUUUUCAAAACGCAGGCUUGGUGGAAGUAAGACUGGUUAGUCCUCGUCACUUGGCAUUUGUUGAGUACAAGACAGUCGAAGAUUCUUCGGCUAUUAAGGAUAAGCUAGGCCACUCGUACAAUUGGCUUAAUAAAACACUAAUCAUAGGAUUUGCUAAAUGA